UUUUUUUUUUUGGCGGUAUAAAACCAAGUCCUUUUCGAAUUCUCUUUGAACCCAAAUUCUUGUUCAUUUAAUUCACUCCCUUUAAAAAGAAUAGUAAGGAAUGAAAGCCUUAUCAUUCCUUAGAACCAGCCCCCACUUGGCGUUGUUGUUUCUUCUUGGAACACUCUCUAUUACCCAUCAUGUCCAGGCACAGAGUGUCGAUUGUCUAAUUACACCUUCCGAUCCUUCUUGCGCUUCCUUUGAGCUGCCGGAGGCGACAAUCAAAGCUGAUCUAGAUGGCCUCUGCACCCAAAUGCCAUACAUGCCUGGUUGCUCGCUCUAUAAAUCAUGUCAGGCUGCUUCCAAGGCUGAUCAGUGGUGCACACCUUUCUCAGUAUUGGCAGACAUCUGUGCCUUGGAUAUGCCUAACAUGCGCGACUGUAAGAAUUAUGUUGCUCUCUGUGGCGCUGCCGUGAAUCAGACCUUGGCCGCUCGGCCUGCUAUCUGCAAGAAGGCCCCCAUGAUCUCGGCGUUCCCGACCACCAAGAAUGCCUCAGCUCUCGUCAUUGACAUUUGCACAGAGAUGGAUAUGGCCGGUUGUGAGCGAUGCCCCAAACCCAAGCCCGAUACCUAUGCGGCUGAUUGUGAUACCCUCGGUACUUAUGCGAUCCUGUGCAAGGCCAUGCCAGACAUGCACCAGUGUGCUGCUUGGAAAUCCAUGUGUUCCUCUUCUUCUGAUACUGCCUCAGUUCUCAACUUCCAGGAUUCCGAAUACUGCGCUGCUGGUGUCGGUAGUCCUGAUAUGAACCCGCCUGCCAUGCGUAUGUACUUCCAUUUAGGCUUCUCGGAUUAUGUCUUAUUUGAGAAGUGGGUUCCUCGAAAUCAGAGCCAGUACAUUGGUACUUGGUUUGCACUCUUCUUCCUCACACUUUUUUUCCAGACUGUUCAGACCUACCAUAACUGCCUCGAGGCCCAAUGGGCGGAGGAGUAUAUAGCCGAAAGUGAAGAAGUUUCAAAGUCGGAUUCUUCCAUUCCUUUGGCUUCUAGCAAAGGCUCGCGUUCCAAUCCAAUCCUCCUCCAAUGGAUGCAUAUCUGGCGCCAACCUUGGACGCUGAAGGAGGCAAAGCAAAACAUGUUCCGUGCUGUGCUGACUUUUAUCGAAACUACACUUGGAUAUGCACUCAUGCUAGUUACUAUGACCUUUAAUGUGCCUUUGUUCUUUGCCGUCAUUCUCAGCCUAACCGUUGGCUCAGUAGUCUUUUCAAGGCAACGUUCAGUAGUUAUGAUCAAAUCCAACGCCAAUGCUGCCAGUGGAACUGGUUGUGCUGGCUGCGGUUAAAAGCACAUCUUACUUUCUUCGUAAGCUCCACUAUAAUCCGAAUGUAAAUAAAUGUCAUAUUCAAUAUCAAAAUAAAAAUAAAGUGCAUGUCUUACCUUUCUA